GCAUGGUAUCAGAGCUAGGGUUUUAAGAAGAAGAUCAAACAAAGGGAGAAAGAGAAGAGAUUAUGGCCAACGUUGAGAACAGUGAUGGGAAAGAGCUCGGGCCGGCGAAGACUGCGGAAGGCGGCGGCGGCAGUGGGCUCACGGUGGCAGAGAAAGCUAGGACUUCGCCACUGUAUCUCCAUCCUUCGGAUGGACCGGGUAAUGUGUUCACUACUGUUCAAUUGAAGGGAGAAAACUAUGAAGAUUGGGCUAAGCAUGUGCGGAACGCCUUGCGAACGAAACGGAAAUUGGGGUUUAUUGAUGGGACCUUGGAGAAACCUACCAAGGAUGAUGAGAUUGAACAGUGGGAAGUGGUUAAUUCUAUGUUAAUCGCUUGGAUUAUGAACACGAUUGAGCCGACUCUUAGGACAUCGAUUUCUAUGGUGGAUGAAGCUCAAGCGUUGUGGGAAGAUUUGAAGCUUCAAUUCUCUGCGGGAAACGGGCCAAGAAUCAGUGAGCUUCGGGCUGAUAUAGCAAACUGUAGACAAAACGGGGACACGGUAAUGGUAUACUAUGGGAGACUUAAGAAGAUGUGGGAUGAAUUGGCAAUUUACAAGCCUAUUCGAUCAUGUAGUUGUGGAGAACUGGCUGCUCAGUUGGAAGAAGAUCGUAAUGAAGAGAGAACCAAUACUUUCUUGAAUGGUUUAGAUUCUGCGAAGUUUGGUACGGUGCGUUCUACUAUCAUAAGUAUAGAACCACUACCCAAGCUCUCACAAGUCUAUCAAAGGAUCAUUCGAGAAGAGAGACAACUCACGAUUACUAAGAAUCGUGAUGCCACUCCGGAGGCUUUGGGGUUUGCGGUCCAGGCUACGCAACGGGGUCAAACUUCCAAUUUUUAUCGCGAGAAGGACGUGACGUGUACUCAUUGUGGUAAGUAUGGGCAUGCAAAGGCUGAUUGCUUUCAGAUAAUUGGCCUUCCUGAAUGGUGGGGAGAACGAGGUCGUGACUACAAUUCUCGCGGUAGAGGUGAACGUGGACGUGGAGGACGUGGUGGCCGGUUUGGACGUGGUCGUGGGUCCGGUGGUAGGGCUAACGCGGUCACGGGUGUUCAGGCAAAUAUUGUUGGGGGAAUACAGGCUAAUUCAACAAGGACACCGUCUGAUUUGGAUCGUCAAUCUCUACCCCAUAUGAGUGAUGAUCAAUGGAAUGCUCUCCAGAGUCUCUUUGCUUCUCAAAAGCCCAAUGCUAAUGAGAAGUUGAAUGGUAAGAAAGAAUGUAUUAAUUUUAUUCUUGAUACAGGAGCAUCACACCACAUGACUGGUAAUUUAGACUAUUUGUCUAAUGUGCUGAAUACCAAUCCAUGUAUGAUCGGGCUACCGGAUGGUGAUCAUGUGGUGUCCACACAACAGGGUGAUAUAUGUCUCGGGGGUGAUUUGUGGUUACAAGGAGUUUUGUAUUCUAAGGAUUUAACAUGCUCUUUGAUUUCGGUUGCAAAGUUGUUAAAAGUGGUUAAGGGCUCUAUUACAUUCACUGAUGAGUUGUGUGUUAUACAGGACCGUGCUAUGAAGACGCUGAUUGGGGUUGGUGAAGAGUGUGGGGACGUGUAUGUGCUUCGAGGGGUGAUUGGUGCGAAGAUACACAAGACUGUGAGCUGUUCAGGAUCAUGGGAUUUAUGGCAUCGUCGUCUUGGUCAUCCAUCUAGUCGUGUUGUUCCUUAUUUAUUGAGUCAUUUAGAUAUUGAGAAACAAGUGAGUUCAACAACAGUUUGUGACAUUUGUUUAAGAGCAAAACAAACCCGUGAUUGCUUUCAUGAAAGUUCUAAUAAAGCUGCUGGAGUUUUUGAUUUAAUUCAUUGUGAUGUUUGGGGUGCUUAUCGGGUUUUGUCUACUACGGGGGCUGCAUAUUUCUUGACAAUAGUUGAUGACUAUUCAAGAGCUGUUUGGGUAUAUUUGUUGCGUGCGAAGAGUGAGGUUGUUGUGACUCUUAAGAAUUUUUUCAAGAUGGUAGAGCGUCAAUUUGACAAGAAGGUGAAAGUUGUACGGAGUGACAAUGGAGGUGAAUUUAUGGGUCUAAGAUCAUAUUUUUUGGAGGAAGGAAUUAUACAUCAGACUUCGUGUGUUUAUACUCCUCAACAGAAUGGUAGAGUAGAGAGGAAGCAUAAACAUAUC